GGCUGCCCGCCCUGUGCUCCAGUAGCAAAGCAAUGCCCUUGUAAGGGAGGUCAACAGCAACAGAGACAAACAAGUGAAGGAGACAGGCAGGGAAGAAGAGAGCAAGGACCAGGCCAAAGAGAAUGAGGUCCCUCCUGGUCUCCCGCUUAAAGCCCCUCCAAGUUUUCGCAACCCCCAGCCGGCAGCUGAAAAACAAAGUCCCGGAAUAUCAGAAGCUCUUCCAGGAGGACAAUGGCCUUCCUGUGCAUCUCAAAGGAGGGACCACAGAUGUCCUGUUGUACCGCUUCACCAUGACUCUCAGUCUUUUCGGUGUUGCUUACUCUCUCUUUGAAUUAUUCAAGGCUACCCAACCCAGGAAGAACAAGUGAGAACGAAGCCAGGGGAGGGGGGUUAUUUCAAAGUACAAACACCCCUCUUCCGAACCCAGUUCAUCCCACCUUCUCCCCCUUUUUAGAAGGUGGCAGAAAAGGGAAGAACAAAAUGGUACAUUCUGGUGAAAGGGAAAUUAAUCAAGUCUUGAGAUUUUUUUAGGGAGCUUUUCUUUGGAUUGGCAUGAGUGUAUAAGACCCAUUUAAUGACACAAAAUAAACCGUUGAAAAGA